GCAAAUUUUUACCGGAAAAGAAACUUUGAACUCUAAAUUUCGACCAAUGAGAGAGAUGUAAGCUGCCGGUGGGUAAAGCAGUAAUUGAGAUUGGUUGUGGUCUUAGAGGAAGGAGGCUGAUUGAAGCCUGAAGGAUGAGUGCGAAGAGAAGAGGUGGGAAGCCAAACAGAGGAGGGGGGCGAUUUAACAAACCAAAAGGAGGUGGAGGAGGAGGAGGCGGCGGUGGAGGAGGUGGAGGUCGGAAAGGAGGAGCAGGUUUUUUGGAUGAUGAUGACGAUUUCAGCCUGGAUUUUGGACCUCCUCGCCCCAGCAGACCGGGUAGAGGACGUGGAAGAGGAGGCAAAGAGAAGGGGCGAGGAAGGGGAGGUCCCAAUCGAGACAGCGGACGAGAUUCACAAAGCAGCUGGAAGCCUCUCCCCAGGUCCUUGGUGAGCAGCAGUGUUUCUUUGAAACCCAAAGCAGAUGGUUUCAAGUCAGACGCGAGCAGCACGCCUAUACAGAGAAUCUUCAUGACCAACGAGAACCAAGAACAUCUGAAGAAGAUGCUGCGGGAGCUGCAGACGCAGGAUUUCGACGAGCCCUCUGAUGACUCUGCCUCAGAUUUUUCCGGAGCGGAGGAAGAAGAGGAAUUGGAUGAGUUGGAUCACCGCGAGGAAGGCCAGUUUUGGGCCACAAAUGAUGAGCCCGUGGAGAAAGCAGAGAGUCCCAUUUAUGAUUUGGAGUCUGACGAAGACCAACCGGCCUCUGAACCCGUUAUCUCCUUAUUUGCUAUUGGAAAACUUUGCAGGUAUGGCUUCGAUAGGGAGCGUAGCAAACGGGCACUAGAGUCUGGGAGCGGAGAAUUUGGUGCGACUUUAGAACAGCUCCUUCUCCAGGUUUUCAGUGAACGCUUUGGGCAGGAGGUGGUGUUUCCCGACGGUCUGCAGGGUCUGCCGAUGGACGAGUGCUUGAGCCAGAGGCAGGACGAAGCCCUGGUCUUAUCCGCCAUCUACGGCGAACGAUUUACUGAGCGCAUUGCCAACACGGUCUGGUCCGUCAGCCUGGAUCUUCCCUUCUUGUCGGACCGUGCUGCGAAGAACGAAGGGAAGUCCGAAAAAACUGUUGACAAACGAAAGGUGUGCAGGUUCUUCUUAAAGAACCAAGGGUGCCACUUUGGGGACAGGUGCAAGUUCAGACACGAUCUCCCGAAAAACGAGAAGUCUUUGUCCGAUUCUUCAGACUUCAAGGGCCCCAGUCACCCUGGCUUCAGCAGCUAUUCCCCUCCUGAAUAUGAGCUAGAAAUCCGCUUUCCCAAAGGGAACCGGUACCCCCAUCAGGCUCCGAUCGUGGCCUUCAGCACCAACGACGAGUCUGUUGGAGCCGCCGGCAGACUCUGCGUCACGGAGAGAUUGUACGAGGAGGCGCUAGCUGUAGCCAAGAACAGCGAACCCGUCGUUUACUCUCUCAUAACCUUGUGCGAGGACGAGACCUGGAUGAAGAAACUGUUGGCCGCAACUCAUCACAAGUACAGCACGCCGCCGCCCGUGGUGGUCCCACCGCCACCUUCUCUCACGACCGUAAAAAGUAGGAGUGGCGCCUCAGAGGAAUGCAGCAGCGGUGGCGUGAGCAGCCGGAGGUCCGCCAACACCCAGAGACCUGCAGACCAGGGGGAGAUCGAGGAGGAGGAGGAAGAGGACGAGGAUGUGGUGGUUGAGGCUGUUCCGGUCGAGACAGAGAGUUACGUCAACCUGAGGAAGAAGAUGGCAAACAAGCACAAUCAGAAGAUCGACAACCUGCUGGCAGAAAACGGCAAGCUGCAGCGAGAUUUCCGCAGAAAACAGUCUUCCAGGCGCUUCAAGGCGAUGCUGGAGCACAGAAAGAACCUGCCAGCGUGGCAGGAAAGGGACAACAUCCUGGAGGAGUUGAACAGGAGCCAGGUGCUGGUGGUCAGUGGGAUGACUGGGUGUGGAAAGACCACCCAGAUUCCUCAGUUCAUCCUGGACGCCUCUUUAGAAGGCUCAGCAGAGCGGGUGGCAAACAUCGUCUGCACUCAGCCGCGGCGCAUUUCCGCCAUCACUGUGGCUCAGAGAGUCGCACAGGAGCGCGCCGAGAGCCUCGGCCUCUCGGUGGGAUACCAGAUCCGACUGGAGAGCGUCAAGUCGUCGGCCACCAGGCUGCUGUACUGCACCGCCGGCCUGCUGCUGAGAAGACUGGAGGGCGACGCCGACCUCAAGGGGGUCUCGCACGUCAUCGUGGAUGAGGUGCACGAGCGAACGGAGGAGAGCGAUUUCCUGCUGUUGGUGCUUAAGGACUUGAUCACAAAACGUCCGGAUCUGAAGAUUGUUCUCAUGAGUGCCACUCUCAACGCCAACCUUUUCUCCCAGUAUUUCUACGACUGUCCCACCGUGCACAUACCAGGACGCACGUUCCCCGUUGACCAGUUCUUCCUUGAGGACGCCAUCGCUAAAACUGGCUAUGUCAUCGAAGAUGGCAGCCCCUACAUGCGCUCAGGAAAACAAAAUACCUCUUCUGCGACCGGGAAAGCCGCUAAAGGAGAGCGGAGGGACGUGGUGGAUGGUUUAGGCGAAGACGUUUGGAAUUUCAUGUCUUUGUGUAAAAAAGACUUUGUGAAGGACUCGAUUCCAGACCAGCAGCUCAGCCUGCAAGAGCUCACAGUCCGAUACAAAGAUACCAAAAAGUCUGUUCUUAAGACUAUAGCUGCUAUGGACCUGGAUAAGAUCAACAUGGAUCUAGUGGAGAGCCUGCUGGAGUGGAUAGUAGAUGGAAAACACAACUACCCGCCAGGUGCAGUGCUGGUGUUUCUGCCAGGCCUCGCUGAGAUCAAGAUGCUCUACGAGCAGCUGCAGUCCAACAGAAUGUUCAACAACAGGGGGGCCUCCAGAUGUGUGGUGUAUCCCCUCCACUCGACCUUGUCCAACGACGAGCAGCAAGCCGUUUUCAGCCGACCUCCCGAGGGCGUCACAAAAAUCAUCAUCUCCACAAACAUCGCUGAGACGUCUGUAACCAUCGACGACGUGGUGUAUGUCAUCGACUCUGGCAAGAUGAAGGAGAAGAGGUACGACGCGGCCAAAAGCAUGGAGAGCUUGGAGGACACGUGGGUUUCCCGGGCCAACGCGCUGCAGAGGAAGGGCCGAGCGGGUCGCGUGGCCUCGGGCGUCUGCUUCCACCUUUUUACCAGUCACUGCUUCCGACACCUGCUGGCAGAGCAGCAGCUGCCCGAGAUACAGAGAGUUCCUCUGGAGCAACUCUGCCUGCGAGUUAAAGUCCUGGACCUGUUUGCUGACCAGCUCUUGGAGUCCGUCUUCUCUCGGCUCAUCGAGCCCCCCGCUGCAGAGAGUCUGGACGCGGCGAGGCUCCGCCUGCAGGACCUGGGCGCUCUGACCACCGAGGAGAUGCUAACCCCGCUGGGUUACCACCUGGCCUGCCUGCCUGUUGACGUGCGCAUCGGAAAACUCAUGCUGUUCGGCGCCAUUUUCCGCUGCCUGGACCCAGCGCUCACAAUCGCCGCCAGCCUGGCCUUCAAGUCGCCAUUUGUGUCGCCGUGGGAUAAGCGCGAGGAAGCGAAUGAGAAGAAGCUAGCCUUUGCGGUGGCUAAUAGUGACCAUCUGGCGUUGUUGCAGGCUUAUAACGGAUGGCGCGGCGCGGCUAAGAACAGUAACAAAGCUGGCUUCCUGUACUGCCGGGAGAACUUCCUGUCAUGGCGUGUUUUACAGGAGAUCGCCAGCCUGAAGAGGCAGUUUGCCGAGCUGCUGUCUGACAUCGGCUUCAUCAAGGAGGGCCUGAGGGCGAGGGUCAUCGAGCGCAUGUCCUCACAGGGCGCCGACGGGGUUUUGGAAGCCACCGGAUCUGAGGCAAACCUCAACUCUGAAAACAUCCGCCUCAUGUCCGCCAUGCUGUGUGCCGCCCUCUACCCCAACGUGGUCCAGGUCCGAGCUCCUCAGGGAAACUUCAAGAUGACGAGCACAGGAGCCAUGAAGAUGCAUCCAAAAGCCAACGAGCUGCGCUUCGCCACCAAGAAAGACGGAUACGUCAACGUUCACCCCUCCUCCGUCAACUAUACGGUGCGUCACUAUGACAGCCCCUACCUGGUGUACCACGAGAAGGUGAAGACGAGCCGCGUCUUCAUCAGAGACUGCAGCAUGGUGUCCGUGUACCCGCUGGUGCUGCUCGGAGGAGGCCAGAUGGACGUGGAGCUGCGGCGCGGAGAGUUUGUCAUCUCCCUGGAUGAUGGAUGGAUCCAGUUUGCUGCUGCGUCUCAUCAGGUGGCUGAGCUGAUGAAGGAGCUGCGCUGGGAGCUGGACAGACUCCUGGAGGACAAAAUCAAGAACCCCAGCAUGGACCUGUGCAGCUGUCCACGCGGCUCUCGCAUCAUCCACAUGAUCGUCCACCUCAUCAGCACCCAAUAGCUCUGCCGCACAAACCGCCCCCCCAUCAGUGCUACACCUGUGUCCCCAUCAUGAUUCACAUUUGGAUUUUUUAAAAAUGUUUCCAGGCUAAUUGUGUGAAACUUGACCACAUGCAUGACUUAGUUCUUUGCUGCAUACGACGCUUUAUUCUGAAAGGUUGCCUUUGAAGUUCUAUGCAGAUGAUCAAGUCUUUCUGAAAUGCAAGUGGAGGAUCAUUGUCUGGGCUGUGAUUCGCACAUUUUGUGCACGUAUCGUGUGUGUUUGUUCUUUUUAAUUUCAGGUUGUGUCACAUUCACAACCGUGGAGUUUCUUGGGUCCAUAUUGGAUCUCUUUAACUACGACUGGUUCUUCCUUAGAUGUAACGCAUGACGCAGAUCCAGGAUUCUGCAUGGAAUUCACUUGUCUGGUUUACAUUUGCUGGAUGUACUUUAAUGUUAAAGUGAUGUCAUAACCACGUCUUCACUAUGUGAACGCAAGGGCUUCUGAAAUUGGGACGGGAGACGCCAAAGACCUUUGGAAGAUGUCAACGACAAAAAAAUGAUUUCAUGUUAAAAAAAAAAGACAAAUGAAAGUGUAAACUGAACGUUCCUGGUUUUAAAUUCUUGGACUAAAAACAUGGAGAUGUCAUUGGCUUUACCCUUUAGAAUAAACAUUCUGACUGAA